CCUCUCUGACGACGAGGAGGCCAGGGGAUCUAGGGCGAGGCUGGCCCCUCGAGCUCACUUCCGGCCGGCUGGCCUUCCCGACACUGUCGCGCGCUGGGGGGCGUGGCCAGCAGCCUGUCUUGACAGACAGCCCUGGGGGCGGUAGCCUUAGCAUGAUGGCGGGGGCAGAGGGGUCCAUGGCAGAAGUGAGCUGGAAGGUGUUGGAGAGAAGAGCCCGGGCCAAGCGCUCAGUUUUAAAACUGCUGUAGUAUAGUCUGCAACACUUGUGAUUAAAGUCAACACUUUGAAAUGGCCAACACAUCUGCUGCUGCCUUCUCUUCACCACCGGCUUUCUUAAGGUCUGGCUCAGUUUAUGAACCUCUUAAAAGCAUUAAUCUUCCAAGACCUGAUAAUGAUACUCCAUGGGAUAAAUUGGAUCAUUAUUACAGAAUUGUCAAAUCAACAAUGCUGGUUUAUCAAAGUCCAACCACAGGCCUGUUUCCUACGAAAACAUGUGGUGAAGACCUGAAGUCCAAGGUCCACGAGAGUCUGUACUGUGCUGCUGGGGCCUGGGCUUUAGCUCUAGCAUACCGGCGCAUUGAUGAUGACAAGGGAAGGACCCAUGAGCUGGAGCACUCGGCUAUAAAAUGUAUGAGAGGAAUUCUCUACUGCUAUAUGCGUCAGGCUGAUAAGGUCCAGCAGUUUAAGCAGGAUCCACGCCCAACAACAUGUCUUCACUCGGUUUUCAACGUGCACACAGGAGAUGAGUUGCUCUCCUAUGAGGAAUAUGGCCAUCUUCAGAUAAAUGCAGUGUCACUCUUUCUCCUUUACCUGGUAGAAAUGAUUUCCUCUGGACUUCAGAUUAUCUACAACACCGAUGAGGUUUCUUUUAUUCAAAAUCUUGUAUUUUGUGUAGAAAGAGUUUAUCGUGUGCCUGACUUUGGUGUCUGGGAAAGAGGAAGCAAAUAUAACAAUGGCAGCACAGAGCUACAUUCAAGCUCUGUUGGUUUAGCCAAAGCAGCUCUAGAAGCAAUUAAUGGAUUCAACCUCUUUGGCAACCAGGGCUGUUCUUGGUCAGUAAUAUUUGUGGAUCUCGAUGCUCACAAUCGCAACAGGCAAACUUUGUGCUCACUGCUACCCAGAGAAUCAAGAUCUCAUAACACAGAUGCUGCCCUGCUCCCCUGCAUCAGCUAUCCUGCAUUUGCCCUGGACGAUGAGGUUCUGUUCAACCAGACACUUGAUAAAGUGGUCAGAAAAUUAAAAGGAAAAUAUGGAUUCAAGCGUUUCUUGAGAGAUGGGUAUAGAACAUCAUUGGAAGAUCCCAACAGACGCUAUUACAAACCAGCUGAGAUUAAGCUGUUUGAUGGCAUUGAAUGUGAAUUUCCCAUAUUUUUUCUGUACAUGAUGAUUGAUGGAGUUUUUAGAGGCAAACCCCAACAAGUAAAAGAAUAUCAGGAUCUUUUGAUGCCAGUGCUUCACCAGACCACAGAAGGAUAUCCUGUUGUACCAAAGUACUAUUAUGUGCCAGCUGACUUUGUAGAAUAUGAAAAAAGAAACCCUGGUACUCAAAAGCGAUUUCCUAGCAACUGUGGCCGUGAUGGAAAACUGUUUCUUUGGGGACAAGCCCUAUAUAUCAUUGCAAAACUCCUAGCUGACGAGUUAAUCAGUCCUAAAGACAUUGAUCCUGUUCAGCGCUUUGUCCCACUACAGAAUCAACGUAAUGUGAGCAUGAGAUACUCGAAUCAGGGCCCACUGGAAAACGAUUUGGUAGUUCAUGUAGCACUUGUAGCAGAAAGCCAACGCCUUCAAGUUUUUCUCAACACAUAUGGUAUUCAAACGCAAACUCCUCAGCAAGUGGAGCCCAUGCAGAUCUGGCCUCAGCAGGAGCUUGUGAAAGCCUAUUUCCAUCUGGGUAUCAAUGAAAAAUUAGGACUGUCUGGAAGGCCAGAUAGGCCCAUUGGCUGCCUCGGUACAUCAAAGAUUUAUCGCAUACUAGGAAAGACUGUAGUUUGUUACCCUAUCAUCUUUGACCUAAGUGAUUUCUACAUGUCUCAAGAUGUUUUACUGCUGAUAGAUGACAUAAAGAAUGCACUUCAGUUCAUUAAGCAAUAUUGGAAAAUGCACGGACGCCCACUCUUCCUUGUUCUCAUCCGGGAAGAUAACAUAAGAGGUAGCAGGUUCAACCCUAUAUUAGACAUGCUGGCAGCAUUUAAAAAAGGAAUGAUUGGAGGAGUCAAAGUUCAUGUUGAUCGUCUACAGACAUUAAUAUCUGGAGCUGUAGUAGAACAACUUGACUUCCUACGAAUCAGUGACACAGAAAAGCUUCCAGAAUUUAAGAGUUUUGAGGAACUAGAAUUUCCCAAACAUUCAAAAGUCAAACGGCAAAGCAGCACCCCAGAUGCUCCAGAGCUGAAACAGCAGCCAGACAUCACUGUUGCCGAAUGGAGAAACAAGUCCACUGACGAAAUUCUUCAGAAGCUGAAUGACUGCAGUUGUCUGGCCAGCCAAACCAUCCUGCUGGGUAUACUGCUCAAAAGAGAGGGCCCUAACUUCAUCACAAUGGAAGGUACCAUUUCUGAUCACAUUGAGCGAGUAUAUAGAAGAGCUGGGAGCAAAAAGCUUUGGUCUGUUGUACGCCGUGCAGCAAGUCUUUUAAGUAAAGUAGUGGACAGCCUGGCCCCAUCUAUUACUAAUGUUUUAGUGCAGGGCAAACAGGUAACCCUGGGUGCCUUUGGGCAUGAAGAAGAAGUUAUCUCCAAUCCUUUGUCUCCACGAGUGAUUAAGAACAUCAUCUAUUAUAAGUGUAAUACUCAUGAUGAGAGGGAAGCAGUCAUUCAGCAAGAACUGGUCAUCCAUAUUGGCUGGAUCAUCUCCAAUAACCCCGAGUUAUUCAGUGGCAUGCUGAAAAUACGAAUUGGGUGGAUCAUCCAUGCCAUGGAGUAUGAACUACAGAUCCGUGGGGGAGACAAGCCAGCCAUAGACCUGUAUCAGCUCUCACCCAGUGAAGUGAAGCAGCUUCUGCUGGACAUUCUCCAGCCUCAACAGAGUGGAAGGUGUUGGCUGGACAGGCGUCAGAUUGAUGGCUCUUUGAAUAGAACUCCCUCAGGGUUCUAUGACCGAGUGUGGCAGAUCCUGGAACGCACACCCAAUGGUAUUCUUGUAGCUGGAAAGCAUUUGCCACAGCAACCGACCCUGUCUGAUAUGACCAUGUAUGAGAUGAACUUUUCUCUCCUUGUUGAAGACAUGUUGGGAAAUAUUGACCAGCCAAAAUACAGACAGAUCGUGGUGGAGUUACUAAUGGUUGUAUCUGUUGUACUGGAAAGAAAUCCUGAGCUAGAAUUUCAAGAAGAAGUAGAUCUAGACAGACUGGUCAAAGAUGCAUUUCAUGAAUUUCAAAAAGAUGAGAGUCGGCUAAAAGAAAUUGAAAAACAAGAUAGUAUGACUUCCUUUUACAACACUCCCCCCCUGGGAAAAAGAGGAACCUGCAGCUAUUUCACAAAGGUUGUGAUGAAUUUGCUUCUGGAAGGAGAAGUGAAGGGAAGCAACGAUGACUUGUGCCUUAUAAGUUAGGGGGCGCUGUUGAGACAUAUUCUAGCUGUGUUUUGUGUUGAAGCUUAAUUCAAGCAGCCAUUAAUGGAUGAAUUGUGGAUGUGAGAUGCCAGCCAUACUCAGCAACUCCAUACAGUUAUCAGAGUGCCAUGCCAUUGUGUGUCUAAUGCUAAGUGUUUUUAAUCAAAUGAAAAUCAAGUUUUCAUGGUUUAUGCCAACUACCUUAAUAAUAUUCACUGAACAAUAGAACAUUUAGGCAAUGAAAAUUCACUGCUGCAUGUUUUAUGAUCAAAUAUUUCAUCAAGAUGAAUCUGAUUCUUUAGACUGAAUUCUCACUUUCUUGUCAUUAAAAUGAAUUUGCCAACUAGUCAUGCUUACUCUGGGAAUCAAGAGGUAUUGGAAGGAAUAGUGAACAUUUUUGGAGUGACAUUGUUGUUCUCAAAGAAAAAUUAAGCAGCUGAUAUUUGAUUUUCAGAAACUGAAUUAUUGUAGAAUACAAAGCUAUGAUACAAUUUUUACCUUGUAAACCCUGACUGAAUUUUUGUAUUUCCUGUAAGAAUUGAGGUUGGACUUAACUAUAAUGUAAGAAAUCUAUACCUUAUCAAAUUUUCUUUGCACUUCUAAGUAUGUGUAGACAUGUUCAUAAGUGUGUUAAACUUUGGACUGUUAACCUUACAACAUCAAAUAAAAGUCAUGUAAUUCUG